AUGAGGGAAUUUAAGAAGAUGAAGUCACCAUCAUUGAAAGGAGGAAUAGAACCAAUGCAGGUUGAAGCGUGGGUGUUGUGGAUAGAAAAGCUGUUUGAAGUUUUUCCUUGUACCAAAGCCCAAAAAGUGCAACUCGUUGCCUUCACUCUUGAAGACGAAGCACGGAGGUGGUGGAUGCUUACGAGAACUGUGCACCAAGGAUUAACGUGGGACAGAUUUUUGGAAUUAUUUUAUGAUAAGUACUUUCCCCAAAGUAUGCGAGAUAAGAAGGUGACAGAAUUUGAAACCCUCAGACAAGGCAAUAAAACCGUUGCGGAGUAUGAAGCCCAAUUUGCAGAACUAGCCCGAUUUGCACCUCAUAUGUUACCCACCUAUGUUGAUGUGUUGGAGAGGGCUGUUAUAGCUGAGGGAAACAUUGCUGCUCAGAAUUGGAUUUCUGAGUGGAAAGGAAAGAGGCAGAACAUUCAAUUGUCAAAGGGGUCAGCCACUCCACCAAACAAGAAACAAAAUUUAGGGACCUCUUUGAACAUUCUAGACAUUCCGACUACUUCUGGUGAUGUUCAGAAUAUUCCGAUAAUAUUUCGACAAAUUUCUGGUGAUAUUCCGACGACUUUCUAG